AUGCCCAAGAUCUACAAGCCCGGCAAGGUUGCGCUCGUCCUCUCCGGACGCUACGCCGGCCGCAAGGUCGUCGUCAUCCGCCAGUCGGACGAGGGCACCAAGGAGCGCCCCUACCCCCACGCCAUCGUCGCCGGCAUCGAGCGCUACCCGCGCAAGGUGACCAAGUCGAUGGGCAAGAAGCGUAUCGAGAAGAGGUCGAAGGUUAAGCCUUUCAUCAAGUCGAUCAACUACAACCACCUCCUCCCCACUCGCUACGCUCUCGAGCUCGAGGGCCUCAAGGGCGUCGUCGCGCCCGAGACGUUCAAGGAGGUUUCGAGCCGCGAGGACUCGAAGAAGCAGGUCAAGAAGCUCUUUGAGGAGCGCUACCUCCAGGGAAAGAACAGGUGGUUCUUCACUGCUCUCCGCUUCUAA